GCCGCGCCUCCUCCAGCUGGACCCACGUAGACUGGGCCUCUGCCGCCCGGCUUACACCCCUCCCUGAGCCCUGCAUCCCCGCAGCCCCGCUCCCAGAACCAGCCUUCGUCCUGGAUUGGGCGCUGACAGUCCAGUGCCCUCUCCCCAGGACGCCCAGGGCCCCAGCACUCGCGCUUCAAAACUUGAGAACCGGAUGCUUGCCCCUCCAAACGCGUUCCCAAACCCUGGCCUGGAUCCUGGUGCUGCUGACCCCCAGCACUUCCUCCUCCCUUCCCUUCCUCUGCCCGUGGCCCCUCACCCACAGAUGGACAUGGUGGAUGUCGAGCAGGAGGUGCCGGUGGAAGGCUGGAUUGCAGUGGCCUACGUGGGCAAGGAGCAGGCGGCCGAGUUCCACCAGGAGAAUCAGGGCAGCGGCCCCCAGGCCUAUCCCAAGGCCCUGGUCCAGCAGAUGCGUCGAGCCCUCUUCCUGGGAGCCUCUGCCCUGCUUCUCCUCAUCCUGAACCACAACGUGGUCCGAGAGCUGGACAUAUCCCAGCUUCUGCUCAGGCCAGUGAUUGUCCUUCAUUAUUCUUCAAACGUCACCAAGCUAUUGGAGGCACUGCUGCAGAGGACACAGGCUACUGCUGAGAUCACCAGUGGAGAGUCUCUGUCAGCCAACAUUGAGUGGAAGCUGACCCUUUGGACCACUUGUGGCCUCUCUAAGGAUGGCUACGGUGGCUGGCAAGACUUGGUGUGCCUGGGAGGCAGUCGUGCCCAGGAGCAGAAGCCCCUGCAGCAGCUGUGGAAUGCCAUCCUGCUGGUGGCCAUGCUCCUGUGCACCGGCCUUGUGGUCCAGGCCCAGCGGCAGGCGUCGCGGCAGAGCCAGCGGGAGCCUGGAGGCCAGGUGGACUUGUUCAAGCGCCGUGUGGUACAGAGACUGGCAUCCCUCAAGACCCGGCGCUGCCGUCUGGGCAGGGCAGCACAGGGCCUCCUGGAGCCGGGCGCUGAGACCUGUGCUGUGUGUCUGGACCACUUCUGCCACAAGCAGCUCAGGUGUGGGGCACAGAAAAAGACACCCUCACUGGAGUCCUGCCCCUGUGGCCUGAGGACCCCCUCCCUGCCCCCGGCACAGUGGCUCCGGGUACUGCCCUGUAAGCACGAGUUCCACCGAGACUGCGUGGACCCCUGGCUGCUGCUCCAGCAGACCUGCCCACUGUGCAAAUUCAACGUGCUGGGGAACCACUACUCAGAUGAUUAGCUGCCUGCCUGUACCCUGGCCCUCAACCUGGGCUCCUGGAACAGGACAGCAGGGUGCACAGGACAGAGGUCCCUGUGGGUGGGACAAAGGGCCCCUCCCCUGAUGAGGGGCAGGGUACCCUGCUGUGUCCACACUGGGAAGGUGGGGCCACAUCCCCAAGCAGGAUGCAGGGCUGAGACCAGCCAGUCCAGGAAGAGAGGCUGCUGGGGGCCCUUCUCUGCAAUUCUGGGGCUUCUUGCCUGCCCUCCUCACAGGCAGCUCCUCAGCACCCAGGCAGAGGCCUGGGUAAGAGGGUGAGGGAUAGUACAGCUGCUCUCAAGGAUUGGGGGCUCUCUGGCCUACCUUUUAGGGUGUCCCUGGAGGCUGAGGCUACAGUAUUUUGUGUUUAUUUAUUGGGGCAUGGGUUGGGGAAGGAACUUUCUGGCCUUCGGGGCACCCUGGCCUGACCAUCUUUCAGGAUACACCUCAGUCCAAGCUGUGAUGUUAGACCCAGAGUCCUCACUUUGCCUGCUGCCCCCAGCCACAGACACCGCUGUGUGUCCCUCCCCGGGCCUGGCUGGGACCAGGGGCUUUAGAGACUGUCCAAUCCUGAUCUCUCUCAGUCAGAGCUACAUGGGCCAGCCGGGAUCCCUGAAGCCACAGGAUAACUGGUGCAUUCCCCAGGGGCAUCGGGUUUUUUUAGGGAAGAUCUGGGGUGGGGAAGGUUUAAUAUUAAACGUGGAUAUAUUUUAACAUAAAAUAGAAAA